CGGAAGUAGUGUGAAACAUUAAAAACCCAGUUUUGGCGAAGGCGCAGUGACAGAGCAGGAGACGAAAAACAUGGCGGCGCCGGGAGGUGAAACCCAGAGACCAGCAGAGGAGGCCCAGAGAGACAGCCAGACCAGCCUCAAUGGAUCAGCAGGAACAGAAGCCGUGGUGGCGCCCGACCAACAAAACCAGCAGCAGCCUCCCCCCAAUGCCUGGCAGGUGAUUAAAGGCGUCCUGUUCAGGAUCUUUAUAAUCUGGGCCAUCAGCAGCUGGUUUCGAAGAGGCUCCACCCCCCAGGACCAAACCACACCCGCUGGUGUUCCGCGACCCCCAAGCCGUAACCUGUUCCCCAAGGACACCCUGAUGGACCUCCAUGUAUUCUUGUCUGAGCACGAGCAUUUUACAGAGUUUAACUCAACGUCAGCGCUGUUCUGGGAGCAGCGGGAUCUGGUUUAUGGGGACUGGAGUAGUGGGCAGAACGGUGAUGGCUGCUAUGAACAAUACGCUGAGAUAGACGUUCCAGAGAGCGUGAAAAUGAACGGCUCUUACUAUAUCCAUGUGUAUUUAACAAAGAGUGGCUUCCACCCAGAUCCAAGUGACAAGGCGCUACACAGGAGGCUUGCCACCGUGCACACGUCACGCAUGCUAAAUAAAUACAAACGUCGUCGCUUUCUCAAGACCAAAAAUCUUCUGACUGGAGAGACAGAAGCUGACCCAGAGAUGAUCAAGAGAGCUGAGGACUAUGGUCCUAUUGAGAUUAUCUCUCAUUGGCAUCCAAAUUUAACAAUUAACGUUGUAGAUGACCACACACCAUGGGUACAAGGUAGUGUCCCACCGCCUCUGGACCAAUUUGUGAAAUUUGAUGCGGUGAGCGGAGAUUACUACCCUAUUCUCUACUUCAAUGACUACUGGAACCUACAGAAGGACUAUACACCGCUUAAUUCCAGUUUGACUUCUUUACCCUUGCGGGUGUCCUUCUGUCCUCUUUCCCUAUGGCGGUGGCAGUUAUAUGCUGCUCAGAGCUCUCGGAGCCCCUGGAAUUUCUUUGGGGAGGAGAUGUAUGAGCAGUCAGAUGAGGAGCAAGACUCUGUGAAGGUUGCCCUUCUGGAGACCAACCCAUAUCUCCUGGCUCUGACCAUCACAGUAUCCAUUGUGCACAGCAUCUUUGAGUUCCUGGCCUUUAAAAAUGACAUCCAGUUUUGGAACAGUCGCCAGUCUCUAGAGGGCUUGUCUGUGCGUUCGGUCAUUUUUGGAGUCUUCCAGUCGCUGGUGGUCCUACUGUAUAUCUUGGAUAAUGAGACCAACUUUGUGGUGCAAGUCAGUGUAGGCAUUGGCCUGCUCAUAGACUUCUGGAAGAUCACCAAAGUCAUGGAUGUAAAGCUGGACAGACAGAAUAAGGUGGCUGGAAUCUUCCCACGACUCACAGUGAAGGACAAGUCCACAUAUGUAGAGUCAUCCACAAACGUUUAUGAUAACAUGGCAUUCCGCUACCUAUCAUGGAUCCUCUUCCCGUUACUGGGCUGCUAUAUGGUCUACAGUUUACUGUAUAUGGAACACAAGAGCUGGUAUUCCUGGGUAUUAAGUUUGUUAUAUGGAUUCCUCCUCACAUUUGGGUUUAUCACAAUGACCCCACAACUCUUCAUCAACUACAAGCUGAAGUCCGUGGCUCACUUGCCGUGGAGGAUGCUCACCUACAAAGCUCUGAAUACAUUUAUUGAUGAUCUCUUUGCAUUUGUUAUUAAAAUGCCCAUGAUGUAUAGAAUCGGUUGUCUGAGAGAUGACGUGGUGUUUUUUAUUUAUCUGUAUCAGCGCUGGAUCUAUAGGGUGGACCCUACGCGGAUGAAUGAAUUUGGGACCAGUGGAGAAAGUAAACCUCCCGUCAGCUCCCAGGAGGAACCAGCUCCCAUUAAUCCUGCCAUUGAAGACACUUCCCCACCGAAACCAGUUGAAGACAAAAAGAAAGACUGAUGUACCUACCUUUUUGCCCUGCCCCAUAACUUCCCAUAUGAACUGUUGUGCCCCCUUUUGGGGGUAAAUUUGGCUGCUGUUUUAUAUAUAAACCCCUUCUCUCCCCCAUGGCCCCUUGUUGAGACGGUGUUUUGUCCGUCUAUUAAUAUGUAUAUGGGACUGGUGAAGUUUUGUCUUUCUCUGCCCUCCUUGCCUUUGCUCUCCUUGUCUUCCUCUGUAUAUGUCCCCUCGUCUCUCCCUAUGUCCGUCAUUCUGUUUCUUCCCAUCCAAUCCUGAUCCAUCUUUACCCUUUUCCCUUAGUCUCUUUCCUAGAAUUCUGUUGUGAUGUGUCUCUUCUACCCCCACUUGCCGCCUCUGAUUAUGGCUCCUCGGCGGGAUCAUCUGGCGAUAACUGGGUUUAAUAAAUAUGGCCGCUCUUUA